AUUUGGUACACCAUAUGAUUUUGAACGCGGAAAUCUUACAUUGGUGAGGAGUCGAGAGAGAACGUCGCUUUCCACGAAACCCCGCACGUGCAAGUCACAUGGUGCAGUCGGUUCUUGGGGGAUGGGGCUACACACGUGCCGGGAGAGUGAUUGGUGGAGAAGACGUGAGCGAGACGUCCUCGUUACUUCUCACCGUCAUUAUUAUGACUUGGGUUGCGAUUGUAGACGUGGCGCCAAACGCGUCCCAUCGGGGAAGUAUCUUUUUCUUUGUCACAUCCCCGUCGCUUCACCAAAGCUUCGUCCUCACACAAGACAACGGACGAUGGCGGCGGACGUGGGAAAGCCGGCGAUGGUGGUGGGGAUUGACGACAGCGAGCACAGUUUCUACGCGCUCCAGUGGACCCUUCGUCGCUUCUUCUCCGUCGCCGAUUCGGCCUUUAAGCUCGUCGUCGUCCAUUCCAAGCCGUCGCCCGCCUCCGUCGUCGGCCUCGCUGGCCCUGGGGCGGCGGAUGUGCUGCCGUUUGUAGAGUCCGAUCUCAAGAAGAUCGCUUUGUUGGUGAUCGAGAGAGCAAAGGAUCUUUGCUCCGCGUUCCCGGUGGGUGACAUUCAAUAUGAACUAGUGGAAGGUGAUCCAAGGAAUGCUCUAUGUGAUGCAGCGGAGAAACAUCAGGCAGAAAUAUUGGUGGUCGGCAGCCGUGGCUAUGGAGCGAUAAAAAGGGUUGUUUUGGGCAGUGUGAGUGAUCAUUGUGCUCAUCAUGCACAGUGCACUGUCAUGAUAGUAAAGAAGCCAAAGCCGAAACACUGAGCUUGUUCUAAUUGAUGAAAAACACUGCAAACUGUAUCAAAUUUUGAAGACUCAUCUUUGGUAAUAAUAAGCACUUCUUCAAGACUACUGUAUAACUACUGUAUGUUGAACAAGUAACCAACUUAUAUUUGUGAUC